ACUUUACAUAAAACUCUUCCUUAUUUUCUUCUUUAUCAAAAACCAAUAUAUCUCUCUCUGAAACUCUUAUCUUUCAGGGGAAAAAAUGUCAUCUCCAACACCAUCCAUUCAAGAUCCUUUCAAAGCAUGGAAAUUCUUGGUUUUGCCGACGCUAAAAGUCAGUGAUGUCUUUUCUUUAUUUCUAAAAGCAACCAUAGCUAUUUGCACCGUCGUUUCAAUCUCCCUCGUGUUCUACUCCUUCCUCAAUCAAUCUCAAUGGCAACCUUGCCCAGAAUGCCACAAGAGUUUAAUCUCUGAUCACAGGAAGAUAACAAAAGGUAAUGUUUCUGGUCAUUUCUAUGAGAAGACAAAUAUUUCACAAAUUUUAUUCGGCAUUGGUGGCUCCGCAAAGAUGUGGAAUAAACGCAGGCACUAUACUGAGCUAUGGUGGAUGCCUAACAUCACCCGUGGCUAUGUCUGGCUCGACCAGAAACCUCCAGAGAAUGUAACGUGGCCAGAAACCUCACCCGAGUACAAAGUCUCAGCCGACACGUCACGGUUCAAGUACACCUGCUCGUAUGGCUCUCGGUCAGCGCUACGGAUUGCGCGGAUAGUGAAGGAGAGCUUUGAAUUAGGAGAGGAAAAUGUGAGAUGGUUCGUGAUGGGAGAUGAUGAUACAGUAUUUUUCAUAGAGAAUUUGGUAAUGGUAUUAGCAAAAUACGAUCAUAAUCAGAUGUAUUACAUCGGCGGCAAUUCGGAGAGUGUUGAGCAAGAUGUGAUACAUUCAUAUACAAUGGCAUACGGUGGUGGUGGAUUUGCUAUCAGUUAUCCACUAGCAAAAGAACUCGUCAGGGUUUUGGAUAGCUGUAUUGAUCGGUAUGCGUCGUUAUACGGCUCUGAUCAGAAAAUUCAGGGUUGCAUGAGUGAGAUUGGAGUUCCUCUUACUAAAGAGCUCGGAUUCCAUCAGGUUGAUAUUAGAGGAGAUCCAUAUGGUUUACUGGCAGCGCACCCAUUGGCGCCAUUGGUGUCCUUACACCAUCUAGACUACGUCCAGUCAAUAUUUCCAAAGCUGAACCGCAUUGACUCAGUCAAGAAGUUAAUAUCUUCUUAUAAAAUGGAUCCGGGUCGGGUUUUACAAUAUAGUUUUUGUUAUGAUUUGACGCGUAAUUGGUCUGUUUCAGCAUCUUGGGGUUACACCAUACAGAUACAUCCUUCUUUGAUGACGGCAAAGCAGUUGGAAUCCGCGUUCAGAACGUUUCAGACGUGGAGGAGUUGGAGCAAUGGACCAUUCACAUUUAACACCCGACCCAUGAGUCAACAUCCGUGUCUAAGACCAGUUGUGUAUUUCUUGGAUCGGGUUGAAAGAGUAGGGGAUGGUACAUUGACCACGUAUAAAAGGUCUGUGCAAGAGUUUGGUCAAGUUUGCGACCUACCGGAGUAUGCUCCAGUUUUGGCCGUCAAGUUAGUGAAUGUCACAACUUCUACAUCGUUGAAACCUGAGAUUUGGAAUUUGGCACCACGUAGACAGUGCUGCGAGGUAAUCAAGGGAGAAGUCGGGCUGAACAGUGUGGUGCAGGUCAACAUUAGAGGGUGCAAUCAGUUUGAGAGCGUGACUCCUCCAUAGAGAACAUGUCGGAUGUUAACUCCAAUUUUCACAUCGAACUAAAGCCCUUGCAAGAAUGCCAACCACAUACCAUGAUUAUGGGAGAUCAGAGACUAUUAGCUCCAGUUCUCCAUGUAAAUAUACUAUACAUUUUAUAUUAUUUGCUACUUUUGUUGCUACCCUUUGGCGUCUAUAAUGAACAACAGUUUUAAUUCAUAAACUUAUUCUUCUGUUUUCUUA